AUGGCUAUCAACUCGCUCCUCUUCAGCAUCCUCUUCCAUCUGUGCCUGGCCCCUCUGGGUCUUGCCGCGCCCGUUUCUACUGAAUCGUUGGACAGCAGCUGGCACUACGGCACCGGUGGUGGGCUCAUCGGGCUUAUUAUCUUGGUUCUGGAUAUCAUUGUGAUCGUCGAGGUCAUCAAAUCCAGCCGCCCACCAGUACACAAGCUUCUCUGGUGCUUGAUCGUCUUCCUCUUCCCUCUCGUCGGGUUGAUCGUCUACUAUAUCUUUUCGAAUCGGUCGGCUUACCAGCGCGGAUCUGGGUAUGAGGUUCUCUCGUGA